UUCAGGCAGACGCUGAAAUUUUCGGAAGAACGAAUCAGCUGGGAGCUCUGCUUUUCAGAAUGGAAGAGGAGCAGGUUGCAGACAAGAGUGACAAAUGCGAAGGGAAUCUCCUUGAAGAGAGCCUGGUUCAGCUGAGAUGUCACUUCACAUGGGAGUUGCUAGUGGAAGCCACCGAGCUGCCCGAUUUAGAAAACAGGAUCUUGGAUGAGAUUGAUUUCCUGGACACCAGAUACAAUGUGGGGAUCCACAACCUGCUGGCCUACGUGAAACACCUCAAGGGCCAGAACCAGGAAGCCCUGGGGAGCCUGCAGGAAGCCGAAGCCUUGAUCCGGCAGGAACAGACCGCCCAGUCAGAGGCGAGAAGCCUGGUCACGUGGGGCAACUACGCCUGGCUGCAUCACCGCAUGGGCAGGCCGCAGGAAGCCCAGGCUUACCUGGACAAGGUGGAGGACGCCUGCAAGAAGCUCGGGGCUUCCUCCCGCUACAGAGUGCAGUGUCCCCAGAUGGACUGCGAGGAGGGGUGGGCCUUGCUGAAAUGCGGAGGGAAGAACUAUGAACGGGCCAAGGCCUGCUUUGAGAAGGCUCUGGCAGUGGACCCAGAGAACCCUGAAUUCAGCACUGGGUAUGCGAUCUCCACCUACCGCCUAGACGGCUUUAACAAAGCAACACAGGUUAGCGAAGCGUUUUGUCUGCAGCCCCUGAGAGAGGCCAUCAGGCUAAACCCAGAAGAUGCGUAUGUUAAGGCUCUCCUUGCCCUGAAGCUCCAGGACAUAGGCCAAGAAGCCGAAGGAGAAAAGUACAUAGAAGAAGCACUAGGCAACAUGUCCUCGCAGACCUACGUCUUCCGGUAUGCGGCCAAGUUUUACCGAAGAAAAGGCUGUCUGGAUAAAGCUCUUUGGCUCCUAAAAAUGGCCCUGCGGGCCACCCCGUCCUCUGCCUUCCUGCAUCACCAGGUAGGGCUUUGCUACAGGGCACAGGUGAUCGCAAUCAAGAGAGCUGCCAACUGGCAGCCCAGGGGACAGGACAGAGAAAAUGUCCGCAGGUUGGUUCACUUGGCUAUAGGUGAAAUUCAAAAGGCUUUGGCGAUAAAGCCCACAUUUGAGUUGGCUUACAUCGACCUGGCUGAUCUGUAUGCAGAAAUAGGCCGAUACGCAGAGGCGGAAGACACUUUUCAGAAAGUGCUGUGCAGGGCGAACACCAACGAUCAACUACAGCAAGUGAUUCAUUACCACUACGGCCUUUUCCAAGAGCUUCACAAGAGAUCUAUAGAUAACGCAAUCACCCAUUAUUUAAAAGGUCUCAAAAUCAACACAGCUUCCUACACCAGCGAAAAGAUUCUCACUGCCUUAGAGAAGCUGGCAAAGAGAUGUGUUCGUCAGGAUGUCCGUGUGGUGGAAAGUUUGAGCAUCCUUGGAUUCAUCCACAAAUUGAAAGGGGAAGUGAGCGAAGCCCUGCAGUGUUACGAGAAGGCUCUCAGGCUGGCUGCCGACUUCAACGCUGCCAGUUGAACUGGAGGUCACCGUUACCUGUUUAAUGUGUUCAUAGGAAAUAGAACAAACAUUUUUGCUGAUCGCCACUUUCAGAAACCUAGAACAUCCUGAAAUACAGAACAGUUGAUAGAACACAGACUCAGCUGCCUGCUGACUCCCCUCUUUCUUCCUCCCUAACCCCCUCUCCCCCUUCUUUCCCCUUCCGUCCCUGUGCCUUUGAAAGGAGCAUCCAUUCUUCUGUAACCCACCCCUGUACUCAUUGGCCAAGGCUGAUGAAUGCUGCUUGGGGCACCUGUGACCUGCUAGACCAACAAGAGCCCUUUUCCUUCUGGCUUUGCAUUUGGAACGAGCAGCUUCCAUCCUCAGUCUGCCUGGUCUCCUGCACAGAGGAGUCUUAAACAGGGAAGAUUUCAGUCCCUCCUCGGCCUGCACACCGGUCACAUGCCGGUGUACCUGCGUGCGCACUCCCGUGUAUCUGCAGACACGCACACACAGGACACCCAUGCAUCCAUCCAAAGACCCUCCUGUGGCUUGGUUCACACACUCAAGGCGUGAAUUCCCGGAGACUGUGAUCCUGAACCACGGGCAGAGGCUGCUCCUGUGCACAUGCCUCACGCAUCUCUCUCCACACACGCUGACUCCAGAGCUCACACAGGCACACUCCUGCGUAUUGGUGCAUGUAUGCAUUCUGUAUCUGGAAGAUAUCCGACCAUCCACUCAGAAGUUAAAAAGCAUAGAAAACAGAAAACAAAAACAGAAAGGAUUUCUUUUUCAUCAUGGCCAGGGGUGCUGACCUACCAGAUCUGAAGGCAAAGCGAAAGAGCAAAGAUGA